GUUUAUGACCUGACAGAAUUUCAAAAAAUACAUCCAGGGGGAAUUUCUAGACUUCGAAUGUCAGCUGGAAGGGAUGUCACUGUUCUAUUGGAGACAACUCAUGAUCACUCAGUUCUCGAGGUUUUAAGACGAUACCGAGUCGGUAGUCUACGAGUUGCUGAACAUCCAAUAUUCAAUCAACCAAAUGAAUUUGCACUUACUCUCAGAAGGAGAGUGAAAGAACAUUUUAAAACCACCGGCCAAGAUCCAAAAUAUUCUCCUGACAUAUUGAUCCGCUGUCUUGUUCCAAUUUUUGGUAUCGGGGGAUGCUACUAUCUCCUAUACUGGAAUUCAACUGUGCGUCUAAGUACGAUUAAAACCCUUAUUACCAUGGUGGUGUGGUCAUGGUCAUAUUUUGCAUUCACCACAUACUGGGUGCACGACGCAUCGCAUGCUUCUCUCACCCAUAACCCCAGAGUGUGGGACGCUAUGGGCACGGUCUACAAUUUUGUCAUGGGCUUCUCCGAUAUCGUAUGGUUCCAUAGACAUGUUCUGGGCCAUCAUCCAUAUACAAAUGUUCAGGGAGUAGACCCGGAUAUAUCAGUCGAGCCUUUCUCCAUAACUCGGUUUCUGCCAUCGCAAAAAUGGUCUCCAAUAUAUUCAAUUCAACACAUCUACGCACCGAUUUUAUAUAGCUUGCUAACUCACUUUUCCAAAUUGCAAGACAUAUUAGCCUGCCUUCGCCAGAGUACUGACAUGAUUCCAAUCAACCCUUUGAGCCGAUCCCAACUUUUCGUUUUCUGGGCGGGCAAAGUGUUCUUUUUCACUUACCGGUGUCUCCUGCCGAUUAUAUUCUCGCCGAGCAGCACAGCUCGGGUUAUAUCUACGUUUCUGUUUUCGGAAAUUAUGUUAUCCUGGAUCGCGGCUUUUGUUUUCGAAUCCAAUCACGUCGUGGGAGAUGUGUUAUGGGUUCAGCCACCAAAAGAAGGUAACUUUACAAUAGAUUGGGUUCAAAUGCAGAUAGAGACGGCGCAGGACUAUGGUCAUGGAAGUUGGAUCACAACCUUCUUGACAGGUUCCCUCAACUACCAAGUUGUCCAUCACGUCUUUCCACAGAUAAAUCAAAAGUAUUACCCAGAAAUUGCCGAUAUCGUGAGAUCGACGUGCAGAGAAUUCGGAAUUAAAUAUCGAGUUCGAGAUAGCUUCUUCCAAGCUUUGGGGGAUCAUUUGCUUCUUUUAAAAAGAAUGGGAUUGGAUAAAAAGCCUUGA